CCGCGGCGGUCUCGCUUCAAACUGUAUCAUUAGCCAUGCUUGCCUCUCCUUCACGCGCUGAGCUAUCCCCGACACCUCCGCAUACGACGACCGUUGAAGCCGAUGCUCCUGCGUCUCCUGCAGUGUCUCCUGCACUGUCCGAUCCCCUGACCGACCUUUCAAUCUACGAUGUUUCAUUCUCAUACGAAAUGGAUGAGGACGGUAAUUAUAAGCGGAUAUCCAAGGGUUCUCCCAAGACCUCCGCACAGGAUUCGCCUCCCACUCCGGAAGAGUUUCCCAAAGUGGGAGGUAGCAGGCGUUCCUCAUCCAAUUCACAUUCAGAUUCGUUGCCACCCGCUCUAUCUGAGAGCCUGUUGAGCUCGUCCGAACGCGCUCCCGCCCCUGUACCACGCUCUUUCCGAAGAAUUGCUUCUGGGCCACUUCUAACGCCAGCCGCGUCGUCUUCUACUCGGUCAAGCCUUGUACAUCCGUCUACCGGUGGUGGCACUGCACGAAGAUUAGGCGGAGCACGCCGCGUCAAACGAGAAGAACGCGAAGAGGCGGAGGCUCUCCUCCGAUCCCAACCUCAAGCCGUCGAGGAAAAGGGAAACGACGGCAACAAUGCGCAAGGAUCAUCACUGCGCUCCUCCAUUCCCUUCCGUUCUGCGCGCUCGUCGAACAGGAAGGGCGGCAUCGAGAAGGUCGUAGAAGAACCGAACGCUGAGGAGAACGAUGCACUGGAUCCGUGGCUGCAGCAGCACAAACGUCCUGCCAGGCCACGUCGCUCUAUGAGCUUCGGCGGGUCCGGGGAAGUUGGGGCGGAGCCAGAAGUGUCUGCUUUAUCCUAUUUGCAGCUUCAACAAGCCUAUCUGCGGCCAGGAACAUCUAUGGGGAUGCUUGGACGCGGAGCGCGACGUAUGACUGCUGAGGAGAAGACACGGAAGGAGCGCGAAAUUGCGCUAGAGGAAGGGUAUGCACGUCGCGAAGCAGAGCAAGCUGUGGAGGCCGAACACAGGUCGCAUGCAGCGGCGCAGCGCGUGCCUUCGCCGCCAGGCACGUCGAAUGGCCGUACUUCCGGUCGAAAGAAUUCGGAGACGCUGGGUUCUGGUACAGAUUCCUCGCCCACCGCAGUUGAUGGGGCGCCGCGAAGGUCACUACCAAAGCAUACAUAUGCAGCAACCAAUGAUCCUCCACUUUCCUCGUUAGACGUAAAUCCACGUCGUCGGCGUGCGCCCACUACAUCUGACGUGCUCGCCACGAGCGUGACAGCCACAGCUGUGGAACCGGAGGCACCUUUAGCUGGUCAAUUAUGGGCUAAUGGUGACAGGGGAGAAUGGGAUCAAGACGUGGCAUAUGGGUCGAGGUCACAGCCGGCUAGCGUGUCUGCGAACUUCCCUUCAUCUCAGCACGCACAGCCAGCCCAGAUAUCUGCAGCAAUAUCAGCGCAGAGCGUUACGCCUGGUCCUGACGCGCGAUCGCGUACUAUUAUCGUCAAUAAGAGGUCAUAUACCCGCCUUGAUUUGAUAGGCAAGGGCGGGUCGUCUCGCGUAUAUCGCGUAAUGAGUCCGACAAGCGAGAUCUUCGCGAUUAAGCGGGUUGCACUUGACAAGACGGACGGAGAAACAAUGAAAAGCUAUAUGAACGAAAUAUCACUGCUGCGGCGCCUCUCGGGCAACAAUCGCAUCAUUAGGCUCAUUGAUAGCGAAGUCAAGCCUGGACUUCAUGGGUCGAGGGGCCAUUUGUUGCUGGUGAUGGAGUGUGGUGAGAUCGAUCUGGCGAGGCUAUUGCAGGAGCAGCAAAAAUACCCUCUGGAUCCAGUGUGGAUAGCAUGUUAUUGGAAACAAAUGUUGCAAGCCGUCCAUAUUAUUCAUGAAGAGAGGGUCGUUCACUCAGAUCUCAAGCCUGCUAACUUUGUGCUCGUCCGCGGUCAGUUAAAGCUCAUCGACUUCGGUAUUGCGAAUGCCAUCGCGAACGACACCACAAACAUUCAUCGCGACUGUCAGAUCGGGACCGUCAACUAUAUGUCGCCCGAAGCCAUCGAAACUCCAAAUGGGAACCACAAACUCAAAGUCGGCCGACCCAGCGACGUAUGGUCUCUGGGCUGCAUCUUGUACCAGAUGGUGUACGGAAAGCCACCAUUCUAUCAUUUGUCGAUGGUCCACAAGAUGCAAGCUAUACCCGAUGCCUCGCGUCCCAUUGUAUUUCCCAGAAGCGUGUCCUCACUUGAUCCGACUGAUCCGGAAAAACCCAUAGCAGUGCUCGUACCGAAAGCUGUCAUUGAGGACAUGCAGAGUUGUCUUAAGCGGGAUCCGAAAAGCCGCAUGACGAUUCCGCAGUUGUUGAGGCAGGGAUGGCUGACGAUGCAGGACGCUCCACCGCCUCCUCCUCCGCCACCUCCGCCGCCUCCUCCACCGGCAGACAUAUCCUCUCCAUUGAUGAACGAUGAUGAGGCAAUCAUCAACCCGUAUUAUAUAGAACAACUCAUGCGGUACUCCAUGUCUCUUGACCGAAAGGGUGCACACAUGAGCGACGAGUGGUUUGCCGAGGAGGCACAGCGAUUGGUUCAAGAGCUCCGAAGCGUUAGGCGUUGAGUGAUUGCGAGGCUGCCAUCGUCUGUGCGCCGCAUGAGUGUCAGUCAAGUUUACUUGGCUUCGGUCUUGCAUGUGUGCGGUGUGAUAUGGUGUCAUCCCGUAAACGCACGUGGAGCGUACGUCCCUGAUCGCGUUCGUGUCCUGCGCUAAAUGGA